AUGCGUCCAUCGCAGUAUCCAGUGGGAGAUCAAGAUAGUGUUAAUAAGAAGCGAAUAGCUCUAGAUAAGCAAGACAAGAGCGAGAAGGAGACGUUGCGUCAAUCCGCCAUCCGUCGUGAUCCUGAGCAUGUAAGCAUGGAACAAGUAUUGCUGAAUCGUCGCUGGUUCUUUCACUCUACGUCGCCGUUAUUCCAUUUCCAUUGUGAUGAGCUUAGCGCUUAUGCGCACGAUCUGGUCAAGACUUUGCGAGCAGCGGCGCUUCGAGCAUGCGGUCAGCAGUUUGGCUACAGUGUGAGCAUUCGCAAUACCAACAGGUUUGUAGCGUUUCAGAUUAGAGAGGAAUACAACCAACGUCGUGGUAAAACAACCAAGAUGGGGGUUGCUACGCCUGAAAGAGAGGUGUCAGAACGCUCUGGAGGAUUCGUGCUGUAUUUUCCGAUGGAAGAGGAACAGCGUGUAUCGCAUAAAGCACGUGAGAGACAACAGGUGUUGCUAUUGAGAGGAAAUGAAGAGCUACUACGGUGGGUGUGUUCAUGGUUGCAACGUCGCUUCCAGUGUGUGGUGACUACACACGUGGUGCGCAUCCAACAAAUGAACCUCAAGCGUUUAGCACGCAAUUGGGUAGUAGCGAGUCUAUCGGCUGAAGAAGCAAGACUGUCAAGUGAUCAACGUGAUAUGAACAGUCAAGAAAAGGAACUAGCUGGUAGCAAGUCCAUUGCCACGCGAAAGCAACCGCGAGCACCACUACGACUGAAAUAUCGUGCUGCAAAAGACGAGGAUGUUGUACGCACAUAUACACUUACAGUGCCUUGGGCAACGCUGCAUCGACUCUUUCGGCAGACGAAAAACGGACCAGGAGGAGGUAACCGCUCGUCUACGCAUGUGCCAGAGCUUAUUGAAUUAACAGAACGGCUUUACGCUGAUGCGUUGCCAUUCGACCUGUCGGCUUACAAGAUCGAGCGUAUUGAGAUGCAGGAAGUGGUCGUUGACCUGGACGGAGGCGUGGAAUUCUACAGUAUGGAUCAUGUACACACUGUGCUUUUUGGUCUGCAGGAGUUGCUAGUACUUCAAAAUGUUGUCACGGCUUCGCGCCAGGAAACGACGCUCUGA